AUGGCAUUCAAGACCCAGGAUGGUUUGUACGAAUGGUUGGUUAUGCCUUUUGGACUGUCUAAUGCACGUAGCACUCUCAUGGGGGUCAUGACCCAUGCUCUUCGCUUUCUUAAUUCCCAGCAUCAUUUAAGUGAGCAACAUGUCAAGUGGGUUGAAUUUAUUCGGGAGUACACUUUUGUUCUUCAUCAUCGCGUCGAGAUAAAAAACAAAGUGGCCGACGCUCUUAGUCGUCUCACUACAAUGCUUCAGUCCAUGAGCACUACUGUAGUCAGAUUUGAUCGCUUGAAGGAUGAUUAUCCUACUUGUCCUGACUUUGGCACCAUCUUUCAGGACCUCUUAGACAAUCCUUCUCGUGACCAUGUUUCUUUCUUACAUAAAGAUGGUUAUCUUUUCAAAGGUGCCAAGUUAUGUAUCCCCCGUACUUCAUUUCGUGACUUCCUAGUCUGGGAACUAUAUGCAAGGGGUCGUGCUGGUCAUUUCGGUCGGGAUAAAAUAGUCGCCUUAAUCGAGGAUCGAUUUUAUUAG